AUGGCGGAAGCCAGUGUUCAGUCCCUGAAUAUACUUCAUUUUAAUGAUGUUUAUAAUGUGGAAGGCCAAAAAGUCGAACCUGUUGCAGGUGCAGCGCGGUUUCGCACUGCAUUGAUGUCACAUAGAAUCGGUGACGAUAGCUGCAUUGUGCUAUUCUCCGGCGAUGCUCUCAGUCCCUCCAUUAUCAGUAACAUUACGCAAGGGAAGCACAUGCCAACUAUCUUGAAUGAUUUGUUCAUCGACUGUGCCGUUGUGGGGAACCAUGAUUUGGACUUCGGCCUGGACAUACUGUGUGAAUGUAUAGAAGAGUCGCAAUUUCCUUGGUUGGAUACAAACGUGAUGGACCGCGACACAAAUCAACCCCUGCUCGACACAAAAGCCUACCACAUAAUAGAACGCGGUGGGGUGCGCAUUGGAAUAAUCGGCUUGUUGGAAGAGGAGUGGAUAGCCACACUCUCAUGCGUGGAUACCACUGAUUUGGUCGUGCUCGAUAUGUGCAAAGUCGGCCAAGAUUGGGCGAAACGAUUGAAGAAAUCUGGCCCGUAUGAAUGCGAUCUAGUGAUUGCGUUAACGCACAUGCGAUGGCCAAACGACAGAAAAUUGGCGGAAAUGGUUCCAGAAAUAGACCUAAUUCUUGGUGGUCACGACCAUUCCUAUCACGUAGAGUGGGUGGACAAACCCAACCAGGCGUGUUACACCAGAGCAAUCAUCAAGAGUGGCAGUGACUUUCGCACUUUUUCCAAGAUUAAUCUAAAAAUUGACACUUCGCGAAAGUGCAUUGCGGAGAUGACUGCAGAAGAGGUCACCGUGGAUAGUCGUUGGGAGCCGGAUGACAAAGUAAGUUAG